GGAGGAAUUAGACAGCCAUUUUUUUCGGAGCAACACCCAGAGCUGCCAUUUGGAACAACGCGUCAUACGAAAUGUUGUGAAGUAAAAUCUUUGUAAUGUAAGACAGAAGAGUUUUAUUAUAAAUUUAGUGUAUGUGAAAAGUUCAACUACGAUUGAUACUAUUAAAGUGAAAUUUGCAAGCAGUACUUUAAAAUGGCCCUACCGCCCAACUAUAAACAAAUUGCGAUGAAUAUGCCAAGUGGUGGUUCACCUUCUCAUAUGAUGUCGCCUGUCGCACCGGUUUCUUUCAACAUUCUCAAAGAACGAUUGCGAGCGUCUGGAGGAACAUCAUCAAAUGAUCGUGGAAAAGAUAAUGCAAGUCCUUUUGUACAUUCAUCUCACAGUAAUCCCGCAUUUACACCACAAAAAGUUGGCAAGGGUGGAGUGACAAUGGAUCCUCGAGCACCUAAACCACCCAAACCACCAGAGAAGCCCAUAAUGCCGUAUAUGAGAUACUCAAGAAAAAUUUGGGACAGCGUGAAGGCAGCGAAUCCCGAGCUCAAACUUUGGGAAAUUGGAAAAAUUAUUGGACAAAUGUGGCGUGAUGCAUCAGACGCAGAAAAACAGGAAUUUAUUGAUGAGUACGAAGCAGAGAAGGUAAUAUAUUUAGAGAGUUUGAAAAAUUACCAUGCUACACCAGAGUAUUUGACAUGGUAUCGGUACCAUUCGAAUAAAUUGAAAGCUGGUGCAGAUGGUGAUCCACAUGAAACACCACGAUCAAGCUCAAAAAGUCAACAACAAGAACGUCGUAUUGAUAUUCAACCGGCAGAGGACGAAGAAGAUCAAGAUGAUGGAUAUUCCUUCAAGCACGUAGCAUACGCACGUUUCUUACGCAAUCAUCGUCUCAUUAAUGAAAUAUUUUCUGAUGCUGUGGUCCCUGACGUGCGGUCAGUUGUGACAACUCAGCGAAUGCAAGUUCUAAAGCGUCAAGUUCAAUCGUUGACCAUGCAUCAAAUGAAAUUGGAAGCUGAAUUGCAACAAAUUGAAGAGAAGUUUGAAGCAAAGAAACGUAAAUUUGUAGAAUCCAGUGAACAAUUUCAAGAGGAAUUGAAGAAACAUUGCAAACCUGCUGUGGAUGAAGAAACUUUUCAAAGGAUGGUGGAACGACAGUAUGAGGCAAUGCGCCGAGAAAGAAUGCGUCAACUUGAAGAACCCAACUCUUCCAUUGCAAGAACUCCUCAUCCACCAAAAGUGGAAGAAUCUGAAUCAUCUGUGGCACCACAAGCAGCAAAUAAUACCACAGCAUCUCCUCCAUCGGAUUCCCAACCAUCUCAACAGUCAGAAAUGACUGUGCUACACUUUAUGCAGCCUAUGGAAACAGAUGCUCCUACAAAAUGUAAUGAUCCGCUCGAUACAAAAACAAGUGAUACACCACACGUUGCUCAAAAUAUUUCAACACCUUCCAACAACUUGGCAAAUGCUUCGAAAGCGUCAACACUUAAUGCAAGUGGAGCUCUUACUACUGAGGAGUCGCAAUUAGUAGAUUCUCCACAGUCUCAGUCAACACUUACACCGCAAUCUGUUGGAGCGAAUGCAUCACUUGAAUCCCAAAGUCAGCCAAAUCAAUUUAAAUCAAAUGAAACGGAAAAAGCGGAUGUUGAAUCUCCUGCAAAUCCACCCAAUUCAUCUCCAAACACAGAACAAAGAUCUGAAACUGCUGGACCUUCGCUUCACCCAUCUUAUUCACCCGGAACACCAGCUGUAUCUUCUGCUCCAACCCACACGAGUCAUGCCCCUUCAACAUCAAAUACAGCUCAAGUGGCUCCACAGCCACCACAAGAUCCUCAGGUGUCUCAACCACCGACACAUCAUCCUCCACCGCCACCUCCACAUCAUGUUGCGCCUCAUAGCCACUUAUCUCACGCAGGCAUUCCACCUCAUCCUGGUUUACCAUCACAUCCAUCUUAUGGAGGAUAUCCUCCACCUCCUGGAGGACCUCAUCGUGCUUCCUACUAUGCACCAUACGGUGGGGCACAUCCACAACAACCAUACACAUAUACAUCUUACCCUUAUCACCAAUACGGUCCACCACCACCGUCUCACUACAUGGGGCCACGUCCUGGCCCCCCACCAAUGCAUUAUCCAGAGCACGGAGCACCACCUCCACAAAGUCAUCAAGUACCAAUAGAUGCAGCUCCUCCCCUACAUUCGCCGUAUCCUUCGCAAGCUGGCCCGUCACCAACAAUGCCUACUCCAGCCAGCACAGUAAACAACGAAGAAGAACCGAAACGCGACCCAGAGGAGAAUCAUGAUAAGAAAGAUUAAAUAUUUAGUUUUAGAAUUAUAAAUUAGGUAAAAUUAUAUAAAUAAUUUAAUUUAGAAUAUAAUUUUAUCAUUUUUAUUUAUAUAUUGACAAAAUUGGGAGAUGUAUUUCUUAAAUAAACAUUGCAGGAAAUAUAUUAAAAAAAAGUAUCCAUAAUCACAAAUAUUUUAGAAGAUAAGGGAAAAAACCACUUUAUGUCAUACCAUACCUCAUUUCAUGGCGCCCCUAAUAUAUUUAUAUAAUUUUAUAUAAUUUCGUAAUGCAAAAUCGAAAUGCACUUCUAAAAUAUUUUAAAUAAAUAAUUAAAGAAAAGUACCAAUUUAUUAUGGAUGGCAUUAAAUGGUUUCUCUACUCUAUAUAUAUCAAAUCUAAGUAAAUGAAAUAAUAGUAAAUAAAAUAAAAUAAAAGUGUAACAAACAUUUAAAUUAGAAAUUAAAUUCUUUUUGAAAGUUGUAGUAUAGAUGUUUAAAGUUUAAUAUUGGCAUUUUUCUUUGCAAAAAAAUUUAAGUAAAAAUUGUAUUAGUUUUAAAAGAUGAAUCGCAUUAAAAAAUCGUAAUAUUCAAAGCCUAUAGGGUAGAUACCCCGAUGACGCCACUACGCCAUUUGAUGUUAUCUUGAAUAAAAGGGUUCAAUAUAUAUUACGAUAUUUUUGUAUCAUUAAAUAUAUGCAUCAACCAUUAUUGUAUUUAUUUCAUAAUUCGAAAAUAUUGUAAUUUGAUAAAACACUCUUUUAUUCAGUGUUUCGGGGUAUCCACCCUGGUAACUUUUCACUAAAGGGCGUCAAUUUAAGAUAUUAAUUAAAAUAAUAAUAUUAACAAAUCGUUAAGGAAUAUACUAAUAUCGUAUAAAAAUUAAAGUGAGAAAGAAAUAUUUUUAUUUUCAAUCACAUAUUUUAUAAACAGUAUCACAAUUAAACUUGAUUUCCUAAAAAUGAAUUGAAAAGCUUCAUUAAAUCUUUAUUGAAGAAGAUUGUUAAACAGGCAUGUUUAUCUCUUAUUGUAAGGCAUCAAAAGGAAUUUAAUAAAAUAAAUUUGUGUGGAACUA